GGCGAGAAAUAUAUCACACAACAAAGCGUUGAGAGAAAUAAGAAGAGGAGAGAAAAAACAGCGAUAAAGCCGAAGAAACAUCAAAAGAGAGGAACACAAAUUUAUUUAUUUUUUCGUUUCAAAAAAGAAAAUCUUUGAAUUUUAUGGCAACCCGUCUCCUCCGAACAAACUUUAUCCGGCGACCUCACUGUUUCUCCUCUUUACGACCGGUGGGUUCUCCCACCGUGACGGCUUCAACAGCCGCCGUCCCGGAGAUUCUCUCCUUCGGACAACAAGCACCAGAGCCACCACUCCACCACCCAAAACACAACCAAACUCACAAUGACAUCGAUCUCUCCGACCAGGCCCGGCUCUUCGCCUCUGUCCCCACCCCCGAUCUCCUCCGUUCCACCGCCGUGUUGCAUGCGGCGGCCAUAGGUCCAAUGGUGGAUGUGGGAUCGUGGGUCAUGAGCUCUAAACUCAUGGACAACGCUUUGACACGUGGCAUGGUCCUUGGCCUUGUGAAAGGUACGUUUUAUGACCAUUUCUGUGCCGGUGAAGACGCCAGCGCCGCCGCGGAACGUGUGAGGAGCGUUUACGAGGCGACGGGUCUUAAAGGUAUGCUUGUGUACGGCGUUGAACACGCCGAUGACGCUGCCUCUUGUGAUGAUAACAUGCAACAUUUCAUUCGAACCAUUGAAGCUGCCAAGUCCUUACCAACAUCCCACUUUAGCUCAGUGGUCGUGAAAAUAACUGCCAUUUGUCCCAUCAGUCUUCUAAAACGUGUGAGCGACUUGCUUCGUUGGGAACACAAGAGUAAGAGCUUCAAACUCUCAUGGAAGCUCAAAUCUUUCACGGUUUUCUCCGAUUCAAGUCCUCUCUACCACACAAACUCAGAACCGGAACCGUUAACCGCUGAAGAAGAACGUGAGCUCGAAGCAGCUCACGUAAGGAUCCAAGACAUCUGCCGGAAAUGCCAAGAGUCCAAUGUGCCUUUGCUGAUUGAUGCGGAGGACACAAUCCUCCAACCAGCGAUCGACUACAUGGCUUACUCAUCAGCCAUCAUGUUCAAUGGGGACAAAGACAGACCGAUCGUUUACAACACGAUUCAGGCGUACUUGAGAGACGCAGGCGAGAGGUUGCAUUUGGUUGUACAAGAAGCCGAGAAAGAAAGUGUUCCUAUGGGGUUUAAGUUGGUGAGAGGCGCUUAUAUGUGUAGCGAAGGUAAAUUGGCAGAUUCCUUGGGACACAAGUCACCAGUUCAUGACACACUUCAGAACACGCAUGCUUGCUACAAUGACUGCAUGACCUUCCUAAUGGAGAAGGCCUCGAACGGAUCGGGUUUCGGUGUCGUUCUUGCAACACAUAAUGCUGAUUCGGGGAGACUUGCAUCAAAGAAGGCGAGUGAGCUCAAUAUCAAUAAAAAGAACGGGACCAUAGAGUUUGCGCAACUAUACGGUAUGUCAGAUGCAUUGUCCUUUGGUUUAAAGAGAGCCGGGUUCAAUGUCAGCAAGUACAUGCCAUUUGGACCGGUAGAAACCGCUAUACCGUAUCUUGUCAGACGUGCUUAUGAGAACCGGGGAAUGAUGGCCAGUGGAGCCCUUGACCGUCAACUCUUGAGGAUGGAACUUAAGAGAAGACUAAUGGCCGUAAUUGCGUGAAAUGAGGACUUUAAUCGUCGUUAUGUAUGGAGCCACUAAAUGGAAUUGGGAAAUUUAGAUUAUAAGAGAAAAUUAUAAUAUAAAUAUGGAUUAGGUAAGAACAUUUCAUGUGGCUUUGUCGUAUCGGACUGUACUAUUAAAUUUAUCAAUAUAUUAUUCACAAAUGUAUAUUCAGUUCACCCUUCCUUAUCAAUAAUAAUGGAAUGGCCUCUUUUUUACUC